AUGGGUAGUGGCUCGGCUCAGCGUCCUCUAUCCGAAGUAAGCCCAGUGGCUCAGAGACGUAACUCACCAGUGUGGAAUCAAAAAGCUAAGACCAUGAGAAACAGUGAUGCCUCGACCUUCGAGGUCUCCUCCUCACCACGCCUCUUCUGGCAAGGCCGUGAAUCAGGCUCGCCUUUCCCAAGAAAUUCUGAGAAUCAGGCCCCAUAUAAUCCAGACUCCCCAUAUUCGGCAUCGAAGCGCCCAUCCCUGGAAAAUCUCAAGCGGGCAUCUCGAGUGAAAAACAGUAGCAUGCUGCGUGAACGUAACCAAGAGUACGAUCCAGCUAGUGUAUAUGUUCCACAACGACCAUUGGCGACAAAUAGAUCGCCACAGAAACAGCCUCAAAGCAACUCGUCUCCUCAGCAGCCGCAAAAUCGCAAUGACCGCCAACCAGGGCCCCGACCACCAUCACCAAGCAAAGACCAGGUAUCUCCAGCCAAAUCUUCCUUGUCUCGUGCCAGCCGAUUUGGCGUCAAAGGGACCGGCUUCGAUCCUGAGAGCGAGAUCUGGUCGGAUUUGGACAGCGUUGGUAAUCGGUACCCUAAGAGUGUGACCUUCGAUGCUGCUCCUCCUCAGGUGAAUGAGUACGAGAUGACUACUCCAGAUCCUUCGUCAAUCGCCUCGGAGUCUCGCGACGGAAGCUACGACUCUGAAGAGGAUGAAGGUGACGUUAGUUUCGAUCGCGAGUCCUCGCUGGACCGCGACGACAGCUUCGAUGCCUCUUUGGAGGACCUUGAAAAGACUCCCGUUGUACUUCCCGAUGAUUGGCGCUAUAUGAGUCCUUCCUGCGCAAACGACGAGCUCGUGAAGGAGGAUGAUCCAUUCACAGAGGAUGACGAAUCCCACAGUCCCGGCCCAACGACUCCCUCACAGCAAAAACUGCCUCUCCAGCAUUCUCGUGUGGAGUCAUUGGAUUCGAACGGAGAGCGGCGUCCUCUUCCUCCCCUGCCUGGCGCGAGUCGUCAACCUGUCACUCCUCACUCUUCCUCUCCUGGAAGAUUGGCAGCAGCGUUCGAGUUGGGAAGUGGCGGUAAAAGAGUUCUUCCUUCUCCCCCCGCUCCUGCAUCAUGUACAAAGUCGGACAUCAGUGAAUUGAGCCGUGCAUCCAUGUCUUUGGAGGACAGACUGCGUUUGAUGAUGAUCCGCAAGGAUGAACGGGCCAAGCAGGAGCAGGAGAAUGUUACUCACGAACCAGAACAUGUCGGACCAUCCGACGUGACCAACCAUGCCGCGGAGGACCAGAACAAGGAUGAGGCUAAGGAUAUUGAGGGGCAUGAUGCCGAUGAACCCGAUAUUACUAUGCCACGAAUCUCCAGAGACUCCAUCUUGAAAGACCUCCGCAGAAGCGAUAGCUUCCUGGAUGACCCAUAUGAUGAAGACGAGUCUAUGAUCGCAUCCAGUCCCCAGCAUUACAUGAAUUAUGACCCGGACGUUCCCAUUCCAUCUCUUGAGAACGAUGAUGACGAUGACGACGAAUAUGAAGACUCGGACUCCGACGUGGUGAUCAAACAAGAAGAGCACGAUGAUGAUCUCUACGACAUACCAAAAUACGAUGAAACCCACCCGUCCCUUGACUCCUCCAUCAAGGAUGUGGAAGGCAAGCCUGCUACUGACGACUCCCAGGCCUCUCAGCUAUUCAAGGAAAACUCCGAGCACCGAAAGCGCGAGUCCCAAGGGUCCAACGAUAGCCAGGCAACUCCCGUGCCCCACGAAAGAUCCAAGGAGGUGGUAGAUGGACCCCAUAACACUGACGACCAAGAGCUCGCUGGUCCGAAGAUGGCAGCAAUCACAGAAUCCCUACGACGCCCAGUGACCCCGGAUAUGAAUGAGCCGGCCUCUGGUCCAUGUACCCCGGACUCAGUGAUCCGUCACCCGAUUGAUGAAGAGGAUGACGACUCGCAGACCUCUUCCGACGAAAGUGUACCGGAACCCGUUGCUACUGUCAAGGCCCCCAACGGACUUAAAACACGCCCUUCUCUUACACCGGCGGAUGUAGAGUCCAUGGCGGCAGUCCGUCGCAAAGUCAGCGGACAGCAGCCCCCACCAAUGUUUACUCUGAGCAAGCAGAUAUCCCACGAGUCCGAUCACUCAUCCCCUGACGAAUCCGCGUCAGACUCUGGUGAUCAGUCCACUCAUCAGGUGGCCUCCACCGCGCCAAAGAAGGACCUCACGCAGCGUCAAACCAGUUUUGUUAAGCUGGAUAUCCCAUUCAGCAUCCAAGAAGAGAGCCUCGGCAUGGGCCUAGACAAGGAAUUUGACCGAGUCAUUGAAUCCCAAAAGGUUGCGUUUGAGAAGUCCCUAGCCCAGUUGUUUGCUUCCGCGCCCACUACCUCUUACCCGGAUUCCCAUAAUCCUCAGGACUCAAGGAACCCUUUCAUUGCCCCUAGAACACCAGCUGACAGACAAUUUCCCAUACAGAGAGGUUAUCUCAUGAGGCAUAACACCAAGGUUGUCAUUGCCAGCAAUCGUAGUGAUGAAGAAGGAGCUUCCACGUCUGGCGAGUCCUCGACCGACCCACGUACAGUGAGGUCUCCAGCCCCCUCACCGCGAAAAGCGAGCCAGCAAACAUGGACAACCGUACCCUGGAAUGGACAACCUCGCCGUCCGAGCAUGAGAAUGUCUGGUGGAAUCCCCAAGAAGAAGCCGGUUGCAGGCCCUGUGCCACCCCUUCCAGGCCAAUCCAGCAACGUCCAGGAAUCCAUCGCACCAAUUGAGGAGAAUGAACCCACCUUGGACGGUGCUCUUGAUGAUGGUGAGGAACGCGGCCGCCUGUUUGUCAAGGUCGUCGGGAUGAAAUACCUCGAUCUACCACUCCCCAAGGGUGAGUAUUCAUUCACUUGUCUUCCAACCAUCCCCCUCCCUUAUCCGCGCGACAAACAGAUGCUAACUGCAGGACUAGGCGAGCGAUCGUACUUUGCUCUUACGCUGGACAAUGGCCUUCAUUGUGUCACCACUGCUUGGCUGGAACUCGGGAAAACCGCUCCGAUCGGACAAGAAUUCGAGCUCAUUGUACAAAAUGACCUCGAGUUCCAGCUGACACUCCAAAUGAAAGUCGACGAUGCUAAAUUCAGGGCUCAGGAGCCCGCUGCCCCUGCUUCCCCUGCGAAACAGAAGGCAUCCACUUUCAGCAGGGUUUUUGCCUCACCACGCAAGCGCAAGGAAAUGGAGAUGAAACAGCAACUUGCCUCUCAGCAACAAAAGAACAAGGACGUAAACGCUGGCGUCUGGGAUAAACUGCGGACACUUAUUGCUCGUGACGGCAGCUUUGGACGGGCCUACGUUGCGCUCAGCGAUCACGAGAAAUAUGCCUUCGGUCGGCCGUACACUGUGGAUGUGGCCUGCUUCAACGAGUGGGCGGUCGACGAGCAACCAAGCAGCGUGAAAAGCAAAAAGAGCACGUCUAGUGCAACCUCUCAACGUCGUCCUCCAUACAAGAUUGGCAAAUUGGAACUGCAACUCUUGUUCGUUCCCAAGCCCAAGGGCGGAAAGGACGAGGAUAUGCCAAAGAGUAUGAAUGCAUGCAUCCGCGAGAUGCGAGAGGCGGAGGCUGCUUCAUCCCGCACCUGGGAAGGAUUCCUUUCUCAGCAGGGAGGUGAUUGCCCGUACUGGCGUCGCCGCUUCUUCAAACUUCAAGGCUCGAAGCUGACGGCUUACCAUGAAACCACCCGCCAACCCCGCGCCACGAUCAACCUGUCGAAGGCUGCUAAGCUGAUCGACGACAGGUCAUCUUUGAUCCAGAAAGAGACAACCACAAAAGGUGGCGGCCGACGCAAGUCUGCGUUCGCUGAGGAGGAAGAAGGCUACAUGUUUGUGGAAGAAGGCUUCCGUAUCCGCUUUGGAAACGGUGAGGUGAUCGACUUUUACGCUGACAGCGCAGCGGACAAGGAGGGAUGGAUGAAGGUCCUGGCAGAGACGGUCGGCAAGGGCAGCUCUUCUGGAAGUAGUCAAAUCAAGCCUUGGACUGAGUUGGUCCUCAAGCGCGAACGAAGCAUGAAGUCCAGAAGAGAGACUACUGAUCGAUUCUCCACUCAUGGACCUCCUCCACCAGUGAAAAAGGAAGUCACAUCCGCUGCGGGAAUGACGGCGCCGGCGCCGGCAUCACCACGACCAGGACAUAAACACACGCAGUCUCAGCCUGAGAUCCGCGGUGCGGACGUUCGGCGCGAGAAGGCACGUUCGCUGAUGUUCUAG